AUGGCGAAGCAGCAGAAGCCUGCGUCGGAUGCCGCGGCGGCGGAGGAGCGCCAAGAGGAGGAGGAGGAGCACAACGACGCCGCAUCGCCCGACGCGCAGCCGCUAGCCAAGGCGGCGGCGGAGGGCAAGGACAACGCUGCGAAGAAGGCGGACGCCCCCAAGGAGAAGGACAAGGACAAGGAGAAGAAGGCGGUGCUCCCCGCGGCGACGGCGGUGCUCAAGGUGGACAUGCACUGCGACGGCUGCGCCAAGCGAAUCCGCGCCUCCGUCCGCCAUUACCCAGGUGUGGAGGGCGUGGCGAUGGACGAGGACAAGGGCACCAUGACGGUGGUCGGCCGCUUCGACGCCAAGAAGCUGCGGGAUCGCGUCGCCGGCAAGACCAAGAAGAAGGUCGACCUCCUCCCCGCCAACAACAACAACAAGAACACCAAGAGCAACAACGACGGCGACGUCAAGCCGAUCAAGCAGGAGGAGGAACAAGACGACGACAAGGGCGGCCAUGGUGGAGGAGGGAAGGCGAAGCAGGGCGCCAAGGACAGCAAGAAGCCCCUCAUGCCGGUGGUUGGGACGGUGGUGCUCAAGAUCGGCGCCGUCGGCCUCCACUGCGACGGCUGCAUGGACCGCAUCCGCAGCAAGCUCUUCCACAUCGACGGGGUGGAGCAGGUGGCGAUGGAGAUGGCCAAGAACCAGGUGACGGUGACCGGGACCAUGGACGUGAAGGCCCUGCCGGAGAGCCUCCGCCGGAAGCUGCGGCGGCCGGUGGACGUGGUGCAGCCGCCCAGCAGCAACAGCAAGCAGCAGAAGCAGGACGGCGGCAAGGACGCGGCAGCGAAGGCGCUGGCGGCGGAGAAGGAGGCCUGGAAGGCGGCGUUCUACGACCAGCAGGCGUUAAUGGCCACCGAGUUCAUGCUCAGCGACGAGAACCCCAACGCCUGCACCAUCACCUGAUCCAUCCAUCCAUCUGACAAACGUGCAAGAAAUCGCCAAUCCCGGUCUGCUGGUGUGCGUUUGUGUUUUGGUGCCCGUCAAAUUAACAUCAUCUUGACAUUGGAAAGACUAUCUAGAUACUGAAAGAUAGCUAGGGAUCGAACUGAAAGAGAGACUGAAUGAUAGAUAUAGAUAUAAGAGAGACUGAACUGAAAGAGAGAGUAGUAGUAGGAGGGAGGAGGCAUUGUUAGACAGGAAGAGAUUCAGACAGGAUUACAUUAGCAUGCUGAUGGUAAUUUACUAGCACUAGCACCGGUGUUCUUCUCCUGCUGCUACCACGUUAUUAUUACUGAGCACUUACUUGUUACCAAUGAUUAACACUGCAGAGACGACACUAGUUCUAUUUAUAUUA